UCUGACCCCGCAGCGGCAGCGUGGCUGUCACCCGGGAACGGGGCGGUUCCCUAGCGGAAACCUUGCCCUGGGAACCCAGCUCGCCCGGUGACCAUGAGUGACCAGAAAGCCGUGAUCAAGGAUACGGACAUGUCCGAGGAGAUGCAGCACGACGCCGUGGAGUGUGCCGUUCACUCUCUGGAGGAAUACAACAUUGAGCAUGAAAUCGCAGCUCACAUAAAGAGGGAGUUUGACAAGAAAUACAAUCCCACUUGGCAUUGCGUUGUGGGAAGGAACUUUAGCAGCCAUGUGACUCAUGAGAGUAAGCACUUCAUCUACUUCUACCUGGGUCAUGUUGCUAUUCUCCUCUUCAAAUCUGGUUAGACCCACGGACUGUUACUGAAACUUGCGUCUCAUUAAUGGAUUGUGUGUUAGUUGCAAACAGCCUAGUGCCUUCAGCCUUCCUGAGGAAACAGACCUGGAUUUUUUUCCCAAGGGUGAUAUCAGGGAUUUUGUUGUAGAAGUUAGUGUUUUAAUUGUAGUUAGGGGAAAAUACCCUCCCCCAAUAAAAAAAGACCAUCUAAUCUUUAUUUCCUUUCAAAAGCCAACUUCCUUGCUAAUAAAACUGUUACGUGUUCUGUCUUUAAGAAUUUUAUGCCUCUCUGCUCUUUGCCCCAAUACUAUUUCUGCUACUUCUCAUUUCCAUGCAAAUGUGAACAGGGAAGUUUCCAAAAAAGCUUCUUGUGAGCAUCUAAACACUGUGGUAAGCAUAUCGAUAUCUGGUCAGUAACAAUAAGAAUAGUAGACCUCAAUCAGAGAAAAGAAGGAAUUAAGAUAAACCCUUUUAUGAGGCCUUUCCUGAGGUGUUUUUUAUUAGCGCCCAGUCCCUUUUUUAUAUGAAACCUAAUUUAUCUUCCAGGACACUCAAAGUGCUUCUGUACCUUGUACAUUAGGAAAAGGAGUUCAGCAGAUGCACUGGCUGUGUUGGAAUGGUAUUUUAAAAUUAAGAUAGUCUUUAGAAACACUGUGGCUUUUUGUGUGUUCUGUAUUCCCUCCCCCACUUUGUUCUUUUCCUUUGAAGGAAAGGUUUGAAAACGUCACUUAUUAGGCAUUAUAGAGUUAAGGUUUACUUUCAAAGUUGUGUGUUGCAAUUGAAUGGAGAUACUUGAUUCUUAGGAUCCUCCCAGACCUCCAGAUUCAUAUACUUGAACUGCAGAGCUGACAACUCCUAACAGUUUAAGAACUGAUGACUGUCUUCCUGUUUCAGACAUCAUUCUUCUUUCUUUUUUUUUCCCCCCCUU